AUGUACUCGUCCCAUCCCUCUCCUCGCGAUCAUAUUGAUCACCAUCUUCGUCAGCCCACCGAGCAAGUUCAACAACAGCAACAGCGUUCUUCCUUUGGUUUUGUCAACGACUACUUCCAAUCGCGCCCACCCAUGUCAACCGCCUCGACCUCUCCCUCGGCUUCAUACGCUUACCAAUCGAUCCAUCCUUUAAUGGCGGCCCCAAAGGAGGAAGAAAGAGAAUCUCUUCGUCGCAGUCCCUCCUUCGCCGAGGAUGAGGAUGAUUAUGAAGAAGAAGACGCAUAUGAAUAUACCACCUCGAUGUCUGACUCUCGCUCGCUGUCACCCGAUGGUUCCGAGUUCUCGAUGGAUUCUUCCCCUUCGCCUGCUGAGGAUCGCUUUGACUCCAUGUCUGAGGCAUCAACUUCGAUGACUUCUUUGGCCUCGACCUCUUCCUCAUCGUCGAUGACCCCUGUCCCCACCACAACCCAGUUGUUGCUCUGCCCUGUCUGCAGUCGCGCCUUCAAGCCCAGCAAGAACCAAAACUGCAACUUGCGCCGCCACCUCAAGAAUGUUCACAACAUGUCCCCAACGAUGCACCCUCGCAAGUGCAAGUGGGACUCGUUGCCCGAUGGCCGUGUCAAGGACGAUAAGGACCGCAAGGAGCGUACCCGCAAGAGCAAGCGUCUCUGGGCUCGCAAGUACCGUCUCCGCCGCAAGGUCGAGGAGGCAGCCUUGGUGUUGAGCAUGCUCAGUCAGGCGGUCUAA